AAAGCGAAGCAACACAAGACAAAUGCUAUAAAGACUAGUCAUCAAAAAUAGCCGAAAAAGCAACGAGAAAGAAAAACUGAAACUGUAAAAAGUAUUAUUUAAAGUGUAUUAUUAAUUAUACGAAAAACGAAACCACAACGCCCCCAAAAACCAAAAAACAAUUACGAAUUUAUAGCCUUAAGCUCAUUUUUUUUUAUAUAGUUUUUGGUGGGCGUCUGUCUCAAAUGUGCCAUAAAAACAAAAGAUAACGAAGAAGCCAGAUUUGCAAUUAACUAAAUAAGUGAAUACUCACCGAGGAAUGUUGUGUUGUGUGCCCGCGAGGACCUUCGAAGAGAUUGAGCAAUGUUCGCCCCCCGAAACUCAUCGCCGACUGCCAUUUACGGCAAGGAGGAUGUGGCAGCCUACGAGAUAAAACUCAAAAAGGUUUUGGGCCUGACUGUGUGCAGCAAUGCGGCUCUGGAUGUCUCCCCAGUCAGCGGCCUGCUGGCCUAUCCAGCUGGCUGCACCGUGGUGCUGUUCAACGCGAAGCGCCAGACACAGGCCUAUUUGGUCAACACCUCCCGCAAAGCAUUCACAUCCGUGGCAUUUUCGCGAUGUGGUCGCUAUGUGGCCACCGGCGAAUGUGGCAUCAAUCCGGCGAUCAAAGUUUGGGAGCUGGAAACUCCUAACGGAAGUCUGGAGCACUGCAGCGGCGGCAGUGUUGUUGCCGAGUUUGUGGACCACAAAUACGCCGUCACCUGUGUGGCCUUUUCGCCCACUGGCAAGUACCUGGUUUCGGUGGGCUCCCAGCACGACAUGAUUGUCAACGUGUUCGACUGGCGGGCCAACCUCAAGAUGGCCUCGAAUAAAAUCAGCUCCAAGGUGGCAGCCGUGUGUUUUGCCGAGGAUGGCAGCUAUUUCGUCACCGUGGGCAAUCGCCAUGUCAAAUACUGGUAUCUGGAGGGUGGAAGAAAGUACAAGGAUCCCAUUCCCCUGAUGGGACGCAGCGCCAUUCUGGGCGACUUGCGGGACAACGACUUCUGUGCGGUGGCCUGCGGCAAGGGGAUCUGUGCGGAGAGCACGUACGCCAUCACGCGGCAAGGCCAUCUGGUGGAGUUCAGCUCCCGCCGCCUGCUGGACAAGUGGGUGCAGUGCCGCACCUCCAAUGCCAACUGUAUCUGCGUGAACGAGCGAUUCAUCCUCGUGGGCUGCGCCGAGUCCAUCAUUCGCAUCUUCAAUGCGGCCACGCUGGAAUACGUGACCACGCUGCCGAGGACCCAUUACUUGGGCGUGGAUGUGGCCCAGGGCAUCCAGAUCAACCACAUCAUGUCGGUGCCGCAGCAAGCCAAGUUCCCGGACUGCAUCGCCAUGGUUUUCGAUGAGCAGCGUUGCAAGGUGAGCUGCGUCUACAACGAUCACUCUCUGUACAUCUGGGAUCUGCGCGACAUCUCACGGGUGGGCAAGUCGCACUCGUUCCUCUAUCACUCCACUUGCAUCUGGGGCGUGGAGACAGUGCCAUAUAAUGUGGAGCGGGAGCCGUCGCAAACCCUGCCUGAGGAGUGUUUCGUCACCUGCUCCUCGGACGACACCAUUCGCGUCUGGGGACUGGACGGGUGUACCAACAAUGAUAUCUACCGCAGGAACAUCUACUCCAAGGAGCUGCUGAAAAUUGUCUACAGCGACGAGGAGCUGCAGUUCAUCAAGGAUCAGGGCUCCUCGCUGUUCGACAAGGCCGGAAACUCGUCUUAUGAUGGACGGAAUGGAGUGCGUUGCAUCAAGAUCAGUCCGGAACUGCAGCAUUUAGCCAGCGGAGAUCGGUGCGGCAAUAUACGUGUGUAUAAUCUGGUCAAUCUGCGCCUGCUCACCACCAUCGAAGCCCAUGAAUCGGAGGUGCUUUGCCUGGAGUAUUCCAAUGAGCGGAUCGAGCGAAAGCUGCUGGCCAGCGCCAGUAGGGAUCGUCUCAUUCACGUCUUUGAUGUGGCCCAAAACUAUCUGUUGCUGCAGACCCUGGAUGAUCACAGCUCCUCCAUUACCUCUAUUAAGUUUGUGGGUGCCGGACUCAAUUUCCAGAUGAUCAGUUGCGGAGCGGAUAAGUCGAUUAUGUUUAGGAGUUUUCAGGGCAACAUCUUCAUGAGGGGAACCAACACCUCCGGCAAGACGACCUUGUAUGACAUGGAGGUGGACUCGAAUUCGAAACACAUUUUGACCGCCUGCCAGGAUCGCAAUGUGCGGGUCUAUGGAACACAGAAUGCCAAGCAAACGAAGACCUUCAAGGGUUCCCAUUCGGACGAGGGAAGUCUCAUAAAACUAAGUCUCGAUCCCAGCGGCAUCUAUGUGGCCACCUCGUGCACGGAUAAAACCCUGGCCGUCUAUGAUUACUACUCCAGCGAGUGCAUGGCCAGGAUGUAUGGACACAGUGAGCUGGUCACGGGUUUGAAGUUCACCAACGAUUGCCGACAUCUGAUCUCGGCGAGCGGCGAUGGUUGCAUAUUCAUCUGGCAGGUGCCUCAUGAUAUGAUAGUCACCAUGCAGGCGAGGAUGUCGCAGCAGCGUCUGAGAUCGGGUCAUGCUCCUUUGCCUCGGCCACUGGCGCCCAUUUCUCCGCCGGAUGGUAUUGUCCUAGAAUCACCGAGCAGCGAAAUCGAGCAACCCAAAUUCGGGGUGGCCGAGAGGUUCUCGGAUGUGGGCCAACUGCCGCAGUGGGCGAUGCGAAAGGCAGCCGGGGAUUCGGAUAGCGGAGCCCUGUCCAUUCCCACGCCCAGUGGAUCCACAAAUGUACCUGCCAUGCAUGCCGCCUCAUCGAUGGGCAACCUCAGUUCAUCGCCCAGUCAACAGAUGCCGGGAUUGGCACCCCGAGCAAGGGGAAGAUGGGCCCAGCGGAGCACUCAGCUGGAGCCGACGGCCGAUGAUCUGCGUUCCAACUCAGAGAGUCCUUUGGGAACCGUCUCGUCUGUAGGUGGUCAUAGCGGUGUGAAUGUCCAGACCUCUGAUUACAAUAGUGCAUCUUCCAAGGACAUUACGUACAAUCAAACGUAUUUGAGUGAGGACUCGUCUAUUGAUUCCGGGAUGGAGACGCGAAGGGGCGAGCUCAAGUUCAUCGGCAGCAGCAGCAAUGGAACAGUGGUCACCGUGUCCUCCGUCUCCUCGCUGGCCGUUUCUGCCUCCAAUGGUGCCAUGUCAACCGGUUCUGGAGCUGCCCAACAGCGUCUCCAGCUGCCGGAUAAAAGGUUGAAGCCGGGUCUGCGCUUCGAUACCCACUCCCAUGAUCAUGAUGGUGAUGUGGAGGAUAUUUCCGAUGGGGAAAGAACCAGCUCCGACCAUGGAAUGUUCUACAACAACCUGGCGCCCAGCACGCCAACAGAUUUCAAGGUGACGGCCAUGAACGAGGACGAGCUGCGCAAGUCGGUGCGCCGUCAGAAGUUCGAGAAGUCCGGCCUUCAGCUUACCCCUUCGGCGCUCAGCGGAAACGGAAGUUCGCAUACGGCGAGCACAGGGACGGGAACAGGAACCUCCGAUACCGAGGACGAGGGCUCCACGCCCAGUGCCGAAAAUGCCGAGCGUUCGCUGGCCUCCACGCUGGGCGGCAGCUCGGAAAAUCUGCCCCAGAGCAGCGGAAAUAGCUUCCUGCACGCCGCUCUGCCCGAGGGACCGGGAUUAAUAACUUCGCCCAUGGAACGGGGUGGCAGCAGUCGCCGCAGCAUCAGUGCGAAGCACAAUACGGAAAAUGGGAAAAGCGUGGCCGCACCGCCCACCAUCACCAAGUCAUAUACGAGCACCAAAAAGGAGGAGCUGCUGCAGGUCAUCAACAAGGUCAAGCAGCAGCUGGAGAAUGUAGGCCAUAGACCCCUUCGGGGAAGCCAUAGCAUAUCGGACCUGAGUCUGGCUGCCAAUUUGGAUGGAUCGAGGAAUGCGGGCGGAGGACCGGGACGUUACUCGAAGCCAGUUGCUUCCCAUGACACUUCGCAGUGUAUUAGCUCCCCAAACACAACAGCAACUGCUGCUGCUACGAAUUCCCAGCAGCAACAGCAGCUUUAUCAAAUAACCAAGGAGCAACAUCCACAAACCCAGCAGCAACAUCCGCACUAUGCUCCUCCUGCUUCCCAGCAAUUCUUCAAUUGUGCCGCCCCGAAAUCCAAGUUGCAACAAAACUUCCAGACGAUGCGACAGGUUCAACAGCACUAUCCUCCCUAUCCACAUCAUGUGGGUGUUCAUCAGAUCCAUCCACCGCCUGGUGUUCCCUUCGGUGGCUCUGCAGCGGGAUCCUCAUCAGCAAUGCGUUCCCAGCAGCAGCAGCAUCAUCACUACCAACAGCAGCAACAACAGAGGGCUAAAAGAAAUCCAGCUGGAAAUAAUAGAAGAACUCCCAGUAUUUUGAAACACUACAAAUCCUGUCCAGUAUCUCCGGUCCACGAAGAGGUUGAAUGGUCCGCCGAGGGCAACGAAAGAGGAGCUCUUCUCGGUGAACCCAAAAGGCACUCGGUUUAUGCAGAUGAUGCUAGGACCAUUUUGGAUAUGAUACAUGCGGAUACGGAAAAGAUGAUUGAUGAGAUCACGAGGAAGUACGGAGAUCUGGAUGAGCCCAGUAUACCGGCUUCCUACUCAAUGCCGGCGAAUCUGAGAAACCUGGGAGGACUGGGUUCCACUGGUGAUUCCACACCCACGGGCAGAACCACUCAGUAUUAUGUUUACAGGGAGUUCUAUCAGUGCGAGAGGAAAGUGUCGCUCUCGGAUAUUUUGCAACCCGAGCAAUUUGCCGCCAGUCAGAGGAGAUUGGAUGAGGCCAGGUUCCUGGAGACGCAACGUCAUUCCAGUGCCAGUUUCUUCUUAACCGGCCAGCAAAGUCAGGAGUCCCUCUCCCUGCUCUCCGAUGGCGAAGGAGGUCCUGGCAGCUAUUGCAAUAGUUUGGAGAGCGUUCUGUCCGACGAAAGUGAUUGCCAGAGUGCUCCGCUGGAGUAUCCUCAGACCCAGGUGGCUGUUCUCCAGCAGCGUCACGCUGGCAUCCGGAACUUUAUCAUCCACGGCCCGGUGUCCAAGUCGUACGGGAAUAGCCCGAAUGCCUACGGCAGCUUUGAUUACUAUAUGCGGCAGCAACAUGCCACUGCAACAACAGAUAGCUUCGAUGUCACUGGCUACAAUUUGGAGCCACUGAAGCCAUUGCCCAGCUCGAAGACAUAUCCGCGAAUAGCUCCGGUUCAGGCUCAGGCUCCUGCCGCCUCUGAAAAUAUACCCACUCUGCGCUCAAAGAGCAAGCAGUAUAAUUCGGGGGUUAACAAAUCUUUGAGCACUGAUUUCGCCCAACAGCGUCAGCAGAGGAACUCGAAUCCCAUGCUUUUCGUACGGAAACCCCUUAAACCCAAGCCACCGGUGCCGGUGAAACCACAGAAUCUAAUCAGCACCCUGAGUCACAUGGAGCAAAGGCAGCAGAAGCAGAAAUCCCAGUCCAGAACGGCCAGUGUGGUGCAGCAAUUCGAGCACAAUUUGCAAAAGUUCGAAAGGGAAAAGCAGAGGGAGAGGGAUCAGCAGAGGAGGCCGGCGAUGAGGAGUUCAGUGAGCUCAGGAGCUCUAGCUGCCACUCAGAGUUGUUUGAAGAAAGUCUCCCGUUUCGAUACCAGCGAAAGCAGUAGAAGAGCCACCAGUGUGAGGCAAAAGAGCAGGCCCAAGAUUUCGGUGCGUUUCAAUACCGUUUCGCAGAUCAAGUAUACGCCCAGUGCCAAGAGGGAGAGGGAGAGGCAGGCGAGGGAGGAGGAAGAGGAACCACCGGAAAUGGAGGUGGGCAGCCUGCCCAGCGAUUAUGGAGAGCGUAGUUUCGAAAUGUAUUUCGCGGAGAACGGUAAUGCCCCGGAGAACUUAGAAAACAUGCAGACCCUCAAACUCUACACGAAACCUCAACUCCAAGCGGUGGUCGAUGAGAUCCAGCAGGAGCGGGAAAAGUACAGGAAAAACCUGGAUAAUGCUGGCAAAAUCAGUGGGGGAAAGGCAGGGGGAAGUACCAGCCAUCAGUGCCAGAAUAUAGCCAAGAAGAUAGACAUAAUCGAGAAGUUAAUCGCCAUGGAGGAGAACAAAAUGGAGCAAAUUCGCUUGGCCACCGAAUCGCGUUUGCGGCCCUUUAACUGCAAUGCCAAGGAAAAGGGUUAUGUGAAGAGUCUGACAAUGAACUUUGACAUGUUGGCUCGGGGGGAAGAGCCCACAGAGGAUGAGGAGCUGACCUCCAAGGAUGCCCGGGAUCUGUGCGCGUAUGCCAGGAAUAUACGCAGGAAUUGCAGUUUGCCCGAUGUCCUGGAGAGCACCGAUUUCACGGGGAUCUACAGCAGUCAGGGUGUGGAAUUGGCCAAGGAGGUGAUAGCCGACGAUGAGGGAGGUGAUCAAGAGAGACCAGAAAUCACCGAAGAUAUCACUGAUCGCGAUGACCUGGGAGGACCGUCGGUUGUUUUGAGGAUGGAGCCAGGCAAUCCCAAAACUCUGAAUCCCAUGCCCAUCGAGGAGUCCUCCAUACGCCGCGCCUGCUCGCUGAGUGACCUGCACAUGGGCAACUUUGGCAAGCCUGGCAAAUCGAAUGGCACGCCGCAGAAGCCGCAGGUUCAGCACCGAAAUGGAAAUGUCUCGCGUUCGGCCAGCAAAAGGAACAGUUUGCAGGGCAAAACUGGAUUGGGUGCCUCCAGCAACUCCAUGAAUGUCCUCAAUCAGGGUAGCGAUUCGGAACCCGAGGACAGCAAUCGUUUGCGUAGUGCCACCAACGGACAGGGACGUAGCAACGGACCCAUUGCUGCCAAUCGCCAGUACAGCAACAAGGUCAACAAUGUCAACAACAAUCGUCGAAAGACGCCAAACUUUAGCAGUGCCACACCCAUGCAGGACGACUCCAGCUCCGAGGAGACGCCCAAUAGCACUGUCAACAACAAGCCCAUUGUGCCACCAAGACCAAGAAAUCUGGGCUUUGAUCACAAGAGCAAGCUAAUGAUUAACAAUACUGGCAGCCCAGGCGGAAAUGCCAAGCAGAGAAGUGGAGUGACCUCCACGGAGGAUUACGAGGGCACAGAUCCCGAGGCCCAAGUACACAAUGUGAUUAAUAAACUUUAUACGACUACACAGGCAGCUAUGCAGCUGCAUGCGAAUCUGAAGAAUUCGCUGCUGCUGAAGGAACUGGAGAACGCCCUUAUUAUGUCCAGAAAUAUGCUGAGCAGCAUCACCAAUAGACAAGCGGAUAAGACAAACAACGGAGGCGGAGUGGGCGGGGGAUUGGGAGUGGGUGGUAGUGGGGGAUUGAACCACGAGCAGCUGAGCGCUGACAACGGAGACUAUCUGAUGAUGGUCAACAACUGUGCCGAUCUUUUGAGCAAUUUACGCACGAAGCACAAACCCGAUGACUGUGAGAAUAACUCCUAGUGUGUAGAGCUUAGGCUAGACUAAAUGACUAAACGAGGGCAGAGGAACUGCGGGAAGGACUAACCAAGCAACACCUAUUUAUUUAACUGAAACUGAACCACACACACACACAGGCGAAUGGCAAACAAAUCAAGCAACCAACCAACCACUAAUUUGUAAUUAAUAACCAUUCACAGAUGAUGUAAAUUUAUUUCUUUAGCACUUAAAUCAAGUUGCGUAGCCGCUAAGUUUUCUGUUUCGUUUUUGUGCGCGUGUGCAUUUCUUUUAACAAUAAUUUAUAUUGCAACCGAUUGCGUUUAGCUUGAAUUAAAUUCUGUAAAUGUUAAGUUUAAUAAGCAGUUUUUGUACGUGUUAAGUGUUAUUUGAGUUUAAGGCGGCGAUGAUACGGAAUGUCGAGCGAAUUGUUACAAAGUGCGCUUAGUCUAUGCCUUUUUUUCUGUAUGAUUUAUAUUCUCCAUUUUGUUUAUACUCUGUUGUGAAUCAGUCAAAAUGUAAAAGACAAAACUACGAGAAAUGUGUGUCAAAUUUGAAUAUUCCAAAAUUUCAAUUUAUACCCAUAUACUAUGUAUGCCUACUCACAUUAUACUUAUACGCAUCUAGACAUGCCACAAAUGAUUAUAUCUGAGAAAUGCUUAUGUGAAGAAUCAAAGAUAUUUCAG